AUGAUUCGAACAAACCUACAUCACCUUAUGAACGAGGAAAAGAACCUCCGAAUCACAAGCCUCAUUUCAAGAAAACUCGUAUCGUUUUGCAUCGUCAUAAUUAAAGUUUUAGUUCUUCUGGUAGCACUUUCUUCUCUAAUAUUCUUAGCUCUCGAGACAAUUGAACCUUUUAAUCUGAGAAGCGAGGAUUUUCUGGAAAUUUCUUCCAGACGAGUGAGGCGAUAUAAGGAAUAUUGCGUGAUUGAAAAUGUUUUGGUUCCAAAGGUACCAAACAGUAAAGACAGCUAUAUAAGAAUAACCUUGGUGCUCCACUUAAGCAGUAAUUAUCUUGAUCGGCGUCUUGUUGAGCAGGUUGGCGCUUGGGAUGGCCCCAUUUCGCUGACGAUUGUGCUUCCAGAAACAGAAACUCGAAGUGCUAUGUGGAGUGCAGAAAAACAGGCAUUUUAG